AUGAACAGCCAAAAGCUUCGUGAGUUGAUAUCCGCCGUACGGCAAUGCAAAACAUCUUCUGAGGAGCGUGCCCUUAUCAGCAAGGAAAGCGCCAUUAUCCGUGAGUCGUUUCGAGGUAGUAAACCUCACGUUCGCACGCGCAACAUGUUGAAACUUUUGUAUAUCUCCAUGCUCGGAUACCCGACGGAAUUUGGCCAGGUUGAGGUGGUGAGCCUUAUUGCGCAAUCCGACUACGCAGGAAAGCGGGUGGGUUACCUCACUAUUCAGAUGGUGUUAGGUGAAAACGAUGAAGUACUAACGUUGUCGGAGAAUCAUAUAAAGAAAGACCUCGGAAGUGGCCAGCCGCUCCUUCAAUCCAUGGCACUGAAUGUGGUGGCAAACAUCGCAAGUGAGCCAAUGUCACGCGAUAUGUUUGACGACAUUUUGCGCUUGUUCGCCUGCCCUGACUCGUAUAUAGCGAAGAAGGCGUGCCUCGCGGCCGUUCGCAUUAUAAAGAAAGUUCCCGAUUAUGCUGAGGUGUUUUUGCAGGAAUGCACCAACGUCUUCCACGAAAACAAUCAGGCGGUGCUAUUGUGCAAACUUACUCUUGUCAAUGCGUGCCUGUUGCAAUCUGAUGUUGAGGAGCACUUGAAGAAGUAUCGUUUGGCAACGAAUGGUGCUGUCCGUUUAUUGAAACAGUUGGUUUUGUCAUCACGCGUGACAGCGCAGGAUAUUGGCGGUGUGGCUGAUCCUUUUCUGCAAGUCAAACUACUACAGUUCAUGAAGAUCGUGGGCAAGGGUAGCCCUGUCGUGUCUGAGACAAUCAACGACGUUCUUGCGCAGGUGCUUACCAACACUGAUGGCUCCACCAAAGCCGGUUCUGCCGUUCAGUACGAAUGUGUGAAGACCAUUUAUGCCGUUGAGAGUGAUGAAGCCUUGCGAUCGCUGGGCGUUAGCACAAUUGGACGCUUCCUUGCUUCUAACGACAAUAAUCUUCGCUUCGUGGCCCUGCAGUCUCUCUUGGACUAUGCUGCUCGCGAUGCAGAGGCCGUCCGAGGACAUCAGGAUAUUAUCCUGGACUGCCUCAAGGAUGCGGACGUAUCCAUCCGUCGUCGCGCUUUGGAAUUGACGGUCGCCCUGAUUGACGAGACGAACGUGCGCCUCCUAGUGCCCGACUUGCUUACUUACCUAACUGUUUGCUCGGAUGAGAUGCGGGAGGAAGUGGUUCGUCAUUUAUGCCAGCUCAUCGAGACGAAGGCACCGAAUGCUGAGUGGCGUGUGGAGUUGUCACUGCGGCUACUUCGUCUUGGACGGCAGCACGUUUCGGUUGGAUUCGCUACACGCCUUAUUGGACUACUCACAAAUGAGACGGUGGAACUUCAAACAACGGCCACAAAUGCGCUUUGGGAGGGAGAAGGAUCACCGUUUGAUGCUAUUCAUCACCUGCGUAAGGCAUUUCUGGUGGCGGCCGUGUGGUGCAUAGGAGAGUACGCGGACUUACUCGUCUCGAAAAAGGGAGUUAGCGAGGAGAAAAUAGCAACACGCAUUGCAGACAUAAUCAACAACACCGAAUAUAAACUAAUCAAAUCAUACGGCUUGACAGCAUUGGUGAAGGUAGCAUCCAGAUACCCAUCGACCAAAAAUACGGCGGUUGCCGUUUUCGCAAACCACACCACAAGCUUCGAUUGCGAGCUGCAGCAGCGUGCGUGUGAGUACACCACCAUCUUGGAGUCGUUCCCACAGGAAGCGGCAUUUAGCUUUGAGCGGAUGCCACCCAUUACUGUGACCGUUAAGGACGAGGGAAGGAUUCAGGCACAGCCACUGCAAGUGGUGAAUCUCCCUCCUGAGUUUUUGCAGAAAAAGGAUACCGUCAGUUUGGACGAUCUGUUCGGUGGGGGUACCGCACCAGCUGGUGGGGCUCCUAAAGGUGCGGUGGUGAACACUUCCGAUAUCGAUGACCUCUUCGGCAGCAAACCCGCGCCAGCCCCUCAAGCGGUGAGUGGUUUGAGCGCGCUAGACGGGUUGAUGAUGGGAAGCGCGCCUGCUUUUCCCGCAGCCACUGGUUUUCCCGCAGCCACUGCUUUUCCAACGGCAGAGAAAUCAGUUUUUGAGUGCGAAGACUUCUCCGUGAGCAUGGGUGCUGUGGUUCAGGGUACCAUAGCCAUCAGCCUCAGUAUCCUUUCCCGCCUUGCCUCCCCAAUGGAAAACCUUUCCAUUCAGGUGGCAGUCCCCAAGACAUCGUCUCUCGAGGUCGCUCCCCUUCCCAUGACGGCUGUUCCGCCAUUCGGACGGAUUGUGCAGUCUUUGACUGUGGACAACUCAAGAAGUGAUAAAAAUCCUCGCCUUGUUAUGCUUCGCGUGAAGGUUCUCUACACAGUUGCUGGGGCAUCCCGUUCCCAAAUGCUGCAGGUGUCUCAAGAGGUUUAG